UUUCAUUGUCAUUUUUAACUGAUGUGUUGACGUUUGCGGUCUAAUCAAGACAUGUAACGUUCAUUUUCGGAGGAUCUGCUUUUCGUGUUUGUGGUUUUGCUCAAUUUAAUGCGGUCUGCGGUCCUUUGGCAUCCGAAAUCGGUCGUUAGCAAGGUGGAGAGCAUAGAAGUAGCUUGCUUGAUGAUGGGGAGAAUGAAAGCCAUUUUACUGCGCGUUGCAUCAAGAUAGCUGGCUGCAUCAACACACAGCUUGCAGGAUAUUUUGUAUUGUUGUUGCUGAGAUGAGAUCGUAGCUAAUUAUGUUUUGAAACUUGUGGCUAAUGUCAUUUUCUGUCUUUUUGUUGCAAAAGAAGUGAUUAACCAUACAGCGAGAUGGUUGAAUGUCUUGAUAAUGAGAGCUAGCGAGUUAGCUGUUACACAGUAACGUUAGAUACCUAGCGAGCCAGUGAAUAAGAUUUUUUGUAAAUCUCAGCGAACACUACUAGCAACGUAUUGGGGAUAUAUAUUUUUGGCUUUUUGUUUUUAUGAGCUAUUAAUUAUACGUUUUGUUUCUUUCUGGAAGCGAUUUAUAAACCAUUCUCUUUAUAAGAGAUGUGCAAGUGGAGUUCUGGGUUAUGCGUACAAAAGCUCAGUUAAGCGUUAAUAGUUAAAUUCUUCCAACUUUUGAAGACGACGUUACUGAUUUUACAAAUUGGUGUCAUCGACACUUCGAGCUCCGAAUUGCCUGCCGUUGUCACCCCCGAGCUGCCGGUGCCUCGGAGAUCAUUGCCAUUGCCAGCGGCCGCCGUGAGGAUGCACACCGCCCGCAGCCCCUCCUCCCUGCCGGGGGGAGGAGCCGGAGACGGCGUGGAGCUCAGCCUCUCCGGCUCCCAGCUCUCCGUCUCCCGGCGACCCAGCAGCGCGUCGCCAGGGAAACACUUCUCCCGCUCUGUGUCCGUGUCGGUGGCGGGCGACGGCCGCGGGAAGCGCAACACGCUGGCUGAUGUUGGUUUUGGAGGCUCCCGCUCCAUAAAGAACCUGCGACGCUCCAACAGCACCACUCAGGUGAACCAGCGGGUGGACAGCAGCGUCAGCGAGGAGCAGACGGAGGACUUCCUGUCCUUCUUCGACAGCAGCCUGGACAGCAGGAGGAAGCUGGCGAGCCUCAGCAAGGCGUCCCCGGAUCGCACCACCUGGAACAUCCUGGAUGACCAGCCCCGGGCGUUCCCCCCUCCCUCCAGCACCCGCAGUGCUGGCAGCCUGGACUCGCCCACCGGGCUGAAAAAGAGAGAGGCGGGCGUGGCGCUGGCCGCCAACUUCACUGCCAACAACAGGAGCAACAAGGGAGCCGUGGGGAACUCCGUCACGCCCAUCCUGCACAACAACCAUUCAGAGAAGCCCCUCACGCCCAAGAGCUCCAAUCAGAAGCCUUCCUUCAAUAAUAUCAUCAAAGCCACCACUCACGAGGAGUCCAGUCCCCUGGAGAACGGCUCUCUGACCAAGUCCCAGAAGAACUUCUCCUCGUCUUCCUCCACCUCCAACAACAACGCCCCCAGCAGCAGCCCCACCCAGCUUAAGAGGCGCGAGGUCACCGAGGAGGAGGCAGAGAGGUUCAUCCAGCAGGUGAACCACGCGGUGAUCACCAUCCAGCGCUGGUACAGACGCCACGCCAAGAGGCAGCGUGCCGGAGAGGCCGCCCUCAAACGCCUGCUCACCACCAAGAAGAGGGAGAGGGAGCAGAGAGCGGAGGAGGUGAGGUCUCCGGGGGCACAGAGGAAGAGGGACGAGGAGAGGAAGAAGGUUCGAGAGGAGAAGGCUCGGCUGGCCCGGCUGGCGGCCAUCGAGGAGCUGCAGCAGAAGAGGGCCCAGCGGGCGGCGGUGGUGCAGAGGGUGGCGGAGCAGGAGCUGGAGGCCCUGAGGCAGGUGGGGAAGGUCGGCCGCAAGAAGCCCGCCAAGACGUCACCCGGCAACCAGAGCAGCGGCCCGGCCACGGGCGUCAAGGCCAAGAACACGGACUCCAAUGUGAAGGUGGAGGGUGACCAGGAUGAUGUCUCCAACCUGAGGGCCACACCCCCCCUGGCCUCCCCAACAGGGGGCUCCCAGUGCACCCAGGAGAUCCUGCAGAGGACGGUCAGCGUGGAGGACCAGCGACAGGGGGCACCGUCGAGCAGGGCACAGUCCAAGACCACCCUGAACGAGCUGCUGGACGCCCUGAAGCUGCUGGAGGACGAGCCGGAGAGGCUGUCCGAGCCCAAGAGCUACAGGAAGGAGAAGUACGCCUGGAUCGACGAGGACGGAGACUCCACCUCCCUGACGGCGGAUAACCUGGAGCGGCACGGGCAGCUGAGCCAGGCCACCGCCCUGCCAGCAGGGGGCGCUCUGCUCUCCGAGGCCAAGCUGCAGAGUAUCAUGAGCUUCCUGGACGAGAUGGAGAAGUCGGAGCAGGAGCGGCCGCGCUCCGUCACCUCGGGGUCCCACAGAGAGGUGCUGCUGUCGGAGGAGGAGAUGGCAGGCGUCGACCAGGCCUCUGCGACCGCGGCCGAGGUCACAGGCACCAUGAUGAGGCUGAAGCUGGAGCUGGAGGAGAAGAAGCGCACGGUCAACAUGCUGCAGACCGCCCUGGCCCAGCAGAGGGAGCUGACAGUUCGACAAGUGAAGGAGACUGAGAGGGAACUCUCCAGAAACCUACAGCAGCAGAAAGAGCAGUACGAGGCUACCAUACAGAGACACCUGUCCUUCAUAGACCAGCUGAUCGACGAUAAGAAGGCCCUGAGUGAGCGCUGUGAGGGGAUGGUGGCCGAGCUGAAGCAGGUGGAUCAGAAGUACACCAAGAAGAUCUCUCAGAUGCAGGAGCAGCAUGAGCUGGUGUGGCACAUUUUGGGUCCCUUGUGUGAGGAGAUCAAGAAGCUGAAGGAGCUGAUGAGUGCCAGCGAGAAGAUCCGCAGAGAGAAGUGGAUCGAUGAGAAGACUAAAAAGAUCAAAGAGAUCACCGUCAAAGGCCUGGAGCCUGAGAUCCAGAAGCUGAUCUGCAAGCACAAGGCGGAGCUGAAGAAGCUGCGGGCGCUGCACGAGGCGGAGCUGCUGCAGGCGGACGAGCGCGCCGCCCAGAGAUACGUCCGUCAGAGCGAGGAGCUGAGACAGCGGCUGGAGAGGGAGAGAGACGAGCAGUGUCAGAGAGAGAGGGAGCUGGCCAAGCAGAGGUUCGAGAAGCAGCUGCAGGAGGAGGAGCAGGCCCUGCAGCAGCAGAGGAGGAGGCUCUACAAGGAGGUGGCCGAGGAGAAGGAGCGUCUGGGCCAGCUGGCGGCCAGGCAGCGUGCAGAACUGGACGACCUGCGGAGGCAGCUGGAGGACAACAGCUCUCUGGCAGGCCGCGCCCUGAGGGAGGAGCUGGACAAGGCGCGUGAGGAGCAGGAGAGACGGCACCAGGCAGAGAUAAAGGCCCUCAGAGAGAGGCUGGAGAUUGAGAAACAGACAUGGGAGGAGAACUACAUGAAGAAGGAGGAGGCGUGGCUGCUGAGCCGGGAGCGGGAGCUGAAGGAGGAGGUGCGGCGGGGGCGGGACAAAGAGAUCGAGCUGGCCAUUCAGAGGCUGGAGGAGGAGACGAGUGGCGCCAGGGAGGAGUGCGAGAGGGCGGCUGAGAACAGGGUGAAGCGUGUGCGGGAGAAGUAUGAGGCAGAGCUGCGUGAGUUGGAGCGCUCGGAGAGGAGUCUGCAGGAGAGACACAAGGAGCUGAAGCUGAAGCAGAGCGAGAACGAGGGGGAGCUGCUCCGCCUGCAGGUGCUGCUCCGCCAGAGAGAGCAGGAGGUGCAGGACAUCACACAGAUGCGGGACAAGCUGCUGGAGGAGCGACGUAGCCUGGCGGAGGUGAUCCGGCAGGAGUUUGCUGACCGGCUGGUGGUGACGGAGGAAGAGAACCGCCGCAUGAAGGUGGAGGUGUCGGAAGUGAGGGCCCGGCUCCGGCUGGAGGUGGAGCGAGUGACCCGUGAGAAGGAGGAGGAGCUGGCCGAGGUGCACCAGAGGGUGAAGUCGGCCAUCUUGAAGAAGGAGGAAACCGUCAACAACCUGCGGAAGCAGCAUGAGGCGGCGCUGAAGAGGGCCGACCACCUGGAGGACUUGCUGGAGCAGCAGAGGAAGCAGCUCCUGGGAAAAUGAGCGGCAGGAGGCGGGGCCCGCCCUGUGACUCCGCCCCCGUCCCACCUAUCCCCUUUCCCCUCCCCUUAUCCUGCCAAACGGGGUUUUGUUUCAUUUCGGGUUCCGGCGGCAGGGACCCUGGGAGGUGCAGACCGCGUGACCGCAAAGACACGCCCUUGAAUUCCGCCACUCGGGGGCCCAGACACCCGGUCACGGACAACGCUCGGGUUGCCGUGGGAACCCAGCAUGAGGGACCCGACCCUGCCGCAGGGGGGGUUGAAGGGACGGCGUGUUUCCUGCCGAGACCUGUGUGCACACCCCUGAAAGCAAACACACAAUCAGACUGGACAGUUGUGUCUCUGCUGGUGUUCAUCACACAGACUGAAGCGUUUUUUUUUUGGAUUUGCAGGAUUCUGGAGAAGUUCCCCAGCAGCCCCCAC